CACUAUUUUCUUCUUUUUAACCUCCAAACUUCAGCCAUUUCUUUUCCUCGUGGUUUUUGACUGAUUAAGAUGGCUCCUACCGCCAAGACCAACAAGGGUGAUACCAAGGCUGCUGCCAAGCCAGCCGAAAAGAAGGCCGCUCCUGCCGCCGCCGCCAAGGGCAAGGUUGAGAAGCCCAAGGCUGAGGCCGCCAAGCCCACCGCCGCUGCCGCCAAGAACGUCAAGAAGGCGCCCGAGGCCGCCAAGGACGUGAAGGCUGCUGCCGCUGCCAAGCCCGCAGCUGCUAAGCCCGCUGCUGCCAAGCCCGCCGCCGCCAAGGAUGCCGGCAAGAAGGCUCCCGCCGCUGCCGCUGCUCCCAAGAAGGAUGCUAAGGCCGCUGCCCCCGCCAAGGCUGCUGCCCCCGCCAAGAAGGCCGCUACCACCCCGGCUGCCGCUCCUCCGGCAAAGAAGGCUGCUCCGGCCGCCAAGGCUGCUGCUCCCGCCGCCGCUGCUGCCGCCCCAGCUCCGGCUGCUGCUGCUGCUCCGGCCGCUGCCAAGCCGGCUGCUCCCAAGCCCAAGGCUAAGGCUGCUCCGGCUCCCAGCAAGGUGGUCAAGAAGAAUGUGCUCCGCGGCAAGGGCCAGAAGAAGAAGAAGGUCUCCCUCCGCUUCACCAUCGACUGCACCAACAUUGCUGAGGACAGCAUCAUGGAUGUGGCCGACUUUGAGAAGUACGUGAAGGCCCGCCUUAAGGUCAACGGCAAGGUGAACAACCUGGGCAACAACGUCACCUUUGAGCGCUCCAAGCUGAAGCUGCACGUCAGCUCCGAUGUCCACUUCUCCAAGGCCUACCUCAAGUACUUGACCAAGAAGUACCUGAAGAAGAACAGUCUCCGUGAUUGGAUCCGUGUGGUGGCCAACGAGAAGGACUCGUACGAGCUGCGUUACUUCAGGAUCAGCUCCAACGACGACGAGGACGACGAUGCCGAGUAAACGAUGCUAUGAUGGCCACCAUCAUCAUCUCCAUUACCAUAAAAUUGGGUUUACAAUGAAUCUUGUAUGGCUGAUUUGUUUUUAUUACGAUAAUAGCCCUUGAUGGGUUCACCGCAAAAAUAAACAAUAUUUGUGUGUAAAUCUUAAA